UAUCCAAUCGUAAACAGCAUUCACUCACCAAACACAACAAUAUUAACUCUAAAAAAUCCAUUCUAACAAACAGAUUUAAGCAAUCAUGUCUGGAAGAGGAAAAGGAGGAAAGGGUUUGGGAAAGGGAGGCGCAAAGCGUCAUCGCAAAGUUCUGAGAGAUAACAUUCAAGGAAUAACGAAACCUGCGAUUCGUCGUCUUGCAAGGCGUGGUGGUGUGAAGCGUAUAAGUGGUUUGAUCUAUGAGGAAACUCGCGGUGUUCUCAAGAUAUUCCUUGAAAACGUUAUUCGUGAUGCUGUCACUUACACAGAACAUGCUCGCCGUAAAACAGUUACUGCUAUGGAUGUUGUUUAUGCACUUAAGAGGCAGGGCAGAACUCUUUACGGUUUCGGUGGUUAGGCAAUUAGUAUAAUUACUAGUAUCUUGUUGAAUUUUAUAAGUAUUGUACCGGUUCUUAGUCUUGGCUAUGUAUAAUUUGUGCUUAAUUAUUGUCCCUGGCUUAUCUGUCUUUAUUUGCUUCAACCUCUGCUUCAAUACAAAUCAGUUAAUCCCAAAUUUGUGAAGUAAUAUCAAAGAUUUGAGUAAAAUUUUUUUAA